AUGCGCCUUUCGGAUCGAGAAGCUGCCCAUGCCAUCCGAGCCAGACUCGAGCCCCUCGGCCGAACAGGCCUCAGCAUCGUAUACACAGAGAAGGGCAACUCCAAGUCCGCUCUGAAGGCAGCUGGAUUUUGGUUAGACGGUGAAAUGUACGACCACGCCGCAUUCGCUGAAGAUACAAGCAACUUGUUUAAGCGCGAAGCUGCCAUAUAUGAAGCUCUCGGCUCACAUCCAUGUAUCCUCAAGUGCAUCGGUGUCGAACUCAUGCCUGAUGGAGAAGAAGCUUGGGCUUUGCGUCUUGAGCGGGCGCCUCAUGGCAAUUUACGGGAGUACAUUGGGAAGAACGAACCUCCGGCAAUGGCUCGUCGCUUGCAGGUAGCUAUCGACUUCACGGAAGCUUUGCAAUACGUCCAUGAUCGCGGGGUUAUUUGGGGCGACGUCUCACCUCGAAAUGUUCUUGUCUUUGAUGAUCUUCAUAUCAAACUCUGCGACUUUGCCGGCUCGAUUCUGAAGGGCAAGUUCCCCGAGCUUCUCUUUACAUGUGAACCUCGUUGUUGGGUGCCAGGACCAGAAGGAGACUCUACUCCCCGAAGUGUACUCGAAAAGGAGCUGUUUGCGCUUGGUACUGCAAUUUGUGAGAUCACAGAAUGGACUGUUCCUUAUGGGCCAAUAGAGAUAGAAGAACUCCAGCAGAAACUUAUGGACGGAGAGUAUCCUUACGUUGGUGACAGUAAUCCUGUCAAGGAUGUUAUCAAGAAGUUAUGGAAUUUUGAGUAUAGUUCUGCACAAGAGGUGGUGGAAGCUCUGAGGACAGCUCUCGUUGAUACGCAAGGCGGAGUUCAGGUGUGA